GGGGGUGGGGGCGGGGAGCCAUGCUUUCCUGCAGGGGCUCUUUGGAGGGUCCCUCCCGUGAGGACGCUGGUUCUGGCCAGUAGCUGGAUCCCUGUGCGUCUGUGACUCGGUUUCUCUCCUCAGGUCUCAGAAUGGGAAGUCCCUCUCCUAAGCCCCAGAAUCUCCCCUUCCUGGUGCUGCUGUUGCUCCCCUUGCUGAGGGUGUUGAGUGCAGGGACGCCAUCCUUAUUCUACCGGCUCACUGCAGUGUCAAGUGCCCCUCGGGGGACCCCCAAGUUCUGGGGCUCGGGAUGGCUGGGCCCCCAGCUCUUCCUGACCUACAGCUCGGGUGGCAAUGCCGAGCCUUGGGGGGCCUGGCGCUGGGAGUCGCAGGAAGCCUGGUUUUGGGAGGAGGAGACGUGGUACCUGAAGAAGCAAGAACGGUUGCUGCAGGAAGCCUUAAGGGUGUCUAAGGAGGGGGCCCAGAUUUUCCAGGGCCUGGUGGGCUGCCAGCUGAAGCCCGACAACUCAUCUCAGCCGACGGCUCGAUUUGCCCUGGAUGGGGUGGACCUCCUGACCUUUGACCCCACGAGAAGAGAUUGGUUCGGACACGGCGCGGAGGCCUCCAAUGUGAGGAAUAACUGGCUGAACGAGAGCAAGCUGGCCGAGAAGGCGGCGGAGUUCCUCCUCAUCAGCUGCCCCCAGAGACUCAAGAGCCACCUGCAGAGGGGCAAGCACAACUUCCAGUGGAAAGAGGCCCCGGAGGUGCGAGCUGGAAGCCUCCCCGGGCCGGGGGCCGCCCUGUCCACGCUCAGUUGCCAGGCCUUCUUCUUCUUCCCACCCGACCUGGAGUUGAAAUUCCUCCGGGAGGGGAAGCCGGUGACAGAGCUGUCGCCCCGGUUGGAGCCAUGGCCCAAUGGAGACGGCACCUUCCACUCGCGGGGCACCCUGCAAGUCCCCGCCGGGGAUGAGGCCCUCUACAGCUGCACGGUCCAACACCCUGCUCUGACCGGCUCCAUCACCGUGAACUUUGAGACCCCUGGCAGACUCCCUCUGCCCAUCCGAGUCAGUCUGGUGGCAGGCUCCUUGCUCUUCCUGGCGUGUCUGGCAGCCGUGGUGGCCUGCGUGAUCUAUAGGAAGAGGGGGGGCCGUCCAGCUCCGUGGAUUUUCCGGCGGCGGCGUGCGGGAGACGACGUGGGGGCCCUGCUCUCAGCCCCCGGCUCUGCCCAGGACCCCAGCUCUUGAGCAUCUGGCGUCCUGCCUGUCUGCUGCGACCCCGCUCCCUCCCGGGGGGAGGGGCGACAUCCUUCCGCCUGGCUGGGGGUUGUGUCUGGAGGCAGCUCGAUCUCCGGAAGAAGUCCCGGCCCCUGCCCACCCUGGCCCGCUCCGGGCAGCCCUCUGGGAUUUCCCUUCUGACAGUGCAGAAAUGUCGAUAUGUUUCUCUCUCCCAAACAAAACAAGAUGUUGGGUCCCCAUC